CAAAAAUCGCUAAUGGGCGGAGGGAGGAUGGGGUACUGACGGCAAGCCAAGCUCCUCCCCUGCGUCGAUCGUUCUGGUUGGAGGGAGACAGCGAGCUUCAAGGAAGAAGCAGAACCACAUACCAGGGCAAAGGCAGGGACUUGGGGAGGGACAAGACGCUGAGGCCGAGGUAGUAGCAGGAGGAACGGGAAUAGCACAGCGAUUUUGACGACGAUUCACCAGCCAUGAUCGAUAGGCCGGUGAGGUUUCCGAUGCCCUCCUGGCGCUUUUUUAUCCUGCUGGUACUGCUGACGCUGUGCCAAUCGGGAGUGAGAGUGAAAUCCAUGACGACAUGGGUGCGGAGGUCAGACGCAAGGAAUCUGUUGCAAGACAUUGAGAAGGAUGUUUGCAAUGGACUCUGGUUCGACUUUCGCUACCUGAUAGGGAGGACGUAUGAAAGCCUCUACGGGCCCUACGUGCUUUUUGAAGACGAAAAGACAACUUUCAAGCCAUUGGAGAAUGCUUCAUUUUGUUCCAUAUUGAGCUUUGCUGGAGUCAAUUGCGAUCCCAUGAACGAGUUGGAAGGGAUCAACAGGAUAGUCGACAGCAACCAGUGCUCCCUGAUAUUCAAGUACCUCCAGAGGCAUCUGAACAUGCACAAGAUCAACCGGUGGCUCGAGUUAUCUUCAUGUGCAGCAGAGAUGCACUCAACUGAAGUUGUCGGCGACAAGAAUCUCGAGAUGGUGAAGUUCGAGCUCUCAAGGCAUAUGAUGAGCUAC